AUGGAACAUGCCAUGAACUUCCUCAACGUUUUCUUCCCUAAGUCCCUCUCCACAUGUGUGGCAGUGAGCACCUUGGUGAUGCCCCUGGAGCCGCUGCUGGAGCCCAGUCUGGAGGCCUCCAGGGCCCAGCCCUUCCGAGCGAGCACGGCCAACCAGCGUGUGCAGGAGGGCACUGUGACGCACAAUCUGGAGGGGCUCCUUCCAGGUCUGGACCAGCCUGAUGCUGGUAGACCAGCCCUCUUCCUGGUGCUGGAGGAAGAUGGCACCACUGGAAACACCGAAGACUAUUGGGCUCCUGGGUGGCUCACCUGCCAAGAAGAUCGAAGUGGACGCAUAACCUAUGGCUUCUACAAGGUGAACCCACAGGGCGUCAUUGGUUGUUUGACAAUACUGCAACUCCUGGGCGCCACAGAGGGAGAGAAGCCCAAGGGCAAGGCCUCAUUCCUCACCCUGACUGGUCUGAAGAUACUACAAUGA